UUUUUUGUGGAAGGUGGUCAUUGCGCUGUCCACGAAGCUUCGCCAGAAACAUGCCACACAACGUUCCAUUCAGUUGGAUCUUCCUGCUGUUGUUAUCAUCUCUAGUAUUAACAGCAGAAUGUGCCAAGCCAUUGAAAAUCUUGGGACUCUUUCCACAUCCUGCCAAAAGUCAUUUCAAUUUCUUUCAUCCGAUACUGCGGGGCCUCGUAGACGCUGGCCACAGUGUGGAUGUCGUGAGUCCCUUUCCUGAUAAGAGAGCCCCCGCCAAUUAUACGAACUACAAUUUAGCGAGUGCCGCUUACAUUAAUAUCAUUGACUUAAAUGUGGUGGAAAACCGCAAUCAGUUCUCCCACUUUAAUGACUUUAUGGCGCUUUAUGCGAUGGGCAAGGAAGCUUGCAACAACACCCUAAGCUCAAAGGCACUAGAGUCUAUACUCGCACAUCCUCCAGACUACUAUGAUGUUAUUCUAAUGGAGCACUUCAAUACGGACUGCAUGAUGGGCGUGGCACAUAAACUUCAAGCGCCGGUCGUAGCUAUGAGCAGUACUGGACUACUGCCUUGGCAUUACGAGCGCAUGGGUGUGCCGAUUAUACCUUCCUUUCUGCCCGACCUGUUUCUGGGUCACUCACAGCAGAUGAACCUGGGCGAGCGCUUGUUGAACUGGGUCACAACCCAUUCUCUCAACUGGCUCUACAAACUAUUCAGUGUUCCUGCAGCUGAUCAAUUGUUGCGUCAAAAGUUCGGCCCUGGCAUACCUUCAACUGGUGAACUAGUGAAGAACACAUCCUUGUUUCUCAUCAACCAGCACUACUCGCUGAGUGGCCCAAAGCCUUUGCCACCCAGUGUUAUUGAAGUGGGGGGCGUCCACAUACAGCCACCGGGACCGCUGCCCGCUCAACUGAAACGCCUGCUCGAGAAUGCUAAGCACGGAGUGGUUCUCAUGAGUUGGGGCUCAAUGGUUCGGGCCACUACAAUGGCACCCGCCAAGCGCGAUGCCAUCUUGCGUGCCAUGUCCCGAUUCAAGCAGCACUUCGUGUGGAAGUGGGAGAACGAUACACUGCCCAACAAGCCGGACAACGUGCACAUCAUGAAAUGGAUUCCACAGCGUGAUAUUCUGGCUCAUCCCAAUGUGAAGGCUAUGAUAUCCCACGGCGGUCUUCUAGGCACCACCGAAGCCAUUCACUGUGGCGUCCCCAUCUUGGGUACACCCAUGUUUGGCGAUCAGUUCCAAAAUGUAGCCGCUCUAGUACAGCGUGGAGCGGCAGUGCGACUGGAUUACACGGCUAUCACUGAAGAUGCGCUUGUCAAGGCUCUCACCAAAGUUCUCGAUAAGAGCUAUAAGAAUAACGCCCAAGCGAUUGCUCACUCCUACAACGAACGUCCGCAGAAGCCGCUGGAAACGGCCCUUUGGUGGGUGGAGUAUGCCGCAGAAACUGGGGGGGCUCCUUUGACCCAACCCAGCUCCGUGCACAUGUCCCGCUUCAUUUACUACUCACUGGAUGUAUAUCUGGUGGUAUUGGGAGCUCUGCUGCUUCUGCUCGCCAUUGCUCGGGAAGUAAAGCGAGUGUGUUGCGCGGCCAAAGAGGAGAGCUCGAAAACCCCUAGCAAUCCGAAACGCAAACAAAAAUAGGCAUUGAGGCUGAGAUACUAUUGUCACUUUAAAAUAAAAUGUUUUCAAAGAAUAGCCGA